AUGGACGGAGCCAAAAGAUUCAACUUUAAACUGCUGCUGCCUCCUCGGUUCCAGGCGGGACAGGUCUCUGAUGUCAGACAACAGGAAGUGGUGGACGACUGUGAUGUGCCCAAGAUGAACGUCGUACAACCACUGGAGAGGGAGGAGAGUAAUCAAGGCGAAAUAUAUUCCAAACUGUUUGCUGAAGUUGAGAAAAUACAGUGUUGGAAAGUCAGAGUGGAGUCUGAAAUGGUACAAAAAGACAGGAGAUGUCAAGAAAACAAAAGAACAAUUGAAACUCAGCGCAAAGUCAUUCAAGAAUUGCAGUUUGGAAAUGAAAGUCUCAGCACAAAGCUGGAGGAACAGAUCCGUGAAAACGAAGAUUUGAGAAACAAGGAUGAUGCCACACGCAAACUGUGUCAUCUACUAAAAGACACAUUCCAACACUCGAUGAAGAAAAUGCGUUUAUUUGAAUCUGAGAGAGAGGAAACACAUCAUCUCUUUAUGGAAAAUGGUGCAAAUAUUCAGAGAAGGAUUGCUGCAUUUGACAAACUUCGUGUUCAAGUAGAGUCUGAACGACAUGAAAUGCAGAAGGUUAAAGAGAUCUCGUUGCAGUUUGAAGAUCUAAAAGAGAAAUUUGAGAAAGAAUAUAACAUGAAACAGGAAGCGGUUGUUGUUCUUGAAACAAAAAUGAAGGAUAAGGAAAACGAACUGCAAAAAAUCCUGCUUACCCUCAAUGAAACCCAGGAGAGAUGCAAAGAACUGGAAGAGUCUACAAAUCAACACUAUGCACUUGUCCAAUGCUCGAAAAAGGAACAAAAUUCCCUUCUUGAAAAACUGCAAUGUAAGGAGCAGCUCUGGACAGACGCUGAGAAAAACCGAGAAGCUAUUGCUAAACAACUGGCAAAAAUCAAAGAAGACUAUGCACUGAUCAUCCUACAGAAAGACUCCAGCUUAGAGGAGGUCAACAAAGUGAAAGACCAACAAGCAGAUAAGCUGGUUGAGAUUCAGGCCUCAGCAAAGGAGCUACAGAAUUCAUUAACAUCUGAGAUGCAGAGGUCCAGUGAACUUAAACUAGAAGUCACAACCAUCAAUGCUGAGCUUAAAAAGAAAAUCGCACUAUUUGUUGAGGCCCUGAUGGGAAAGAUUGAAGUCAUGGAGUUUAGAGUGGAGGAACUCGCAGCUGAUCUCUCUAGGAAAAGUGAAGAAGCUCAGCUUUUCAAGAAUGACACUGAGCAAGUCUCUGCUGAGAAGAAUGUAUUGGAGAAGGCCUUAGAGGUUAAAGUGAAGGAGAUUGAGAGUCAAUUAUCAGUCGAGCUGAAAAAAAAAGAAUCUGAUUUUCAGAUGAAGAAAAGGGACAUUGAGCAGUAUGAAGUGAAGUACCAAGAACUGCUGUCAAGCUUAAGCAAGGUGCAAUCUGAGAAGAAUGCAAUUCAAGACCAGAUUGCAGAAGGCUCUUCUAAUGCAAAAGCACUUGAGGAAGACCUGAAGUGUGAACAUUUGCAAGACGAGAUGAAGAAAAAAGAAAAGCAGAUAAAAACGGUGGAGUCAAAGCUGUCCAAUCUUGAGACAAGAUUUGAUACUAAAGCUAAGGCCCAAGAGGAAUGCUUGAAAGGGUUGUUGGUCGUCCACCCCCAGAAUAAAGUGCUUAAGAAACAAAUGGAAAAGGAGAUUGAACGAUCCAGUAAACUUGAACAGGAGAUCAGCAACCUCAAAGAGGAGUCCGAUAAGGUUAGAAAACAGAGUGAGGAAGAGCAUCGACUACUGCUUGAAAACCUGAUGGCCAAAUCAUCCUUUGCUACAGAGCUUCAAAAUGAGGUCCAGAAGUUGAAAGUUAAAACUGCAGAGGCUGUCAAGAAUGUAGAAGAUGCAGAUCUCGGUUGUCAAAACAAGAUAGCAGAAAUGGUUGUGUUGAUGGAGAAACACAAGAGUCAGUAUGAGCAAAUGGUUGAAGAGAAGGAUGCAGAGCUUAACGAGACCAAGAGGAAAGUGGAGGCAGCUCUCAGCAGAACAACUUCUGUGGAACUGGAGCUGUCAGAAAAGAAAAAUGAAAAUGAACGUCUCAGAAAAGAGUUGACCAAAGAGAUGACAAAGAAGACUAACUCAAAGGAGGUGUUUUGUUUGGAGCCUCCCAAAGAAACCCCUACAGUAAGAGACAUAUUUGAUAAAACCAAUAUCAGAACACAGAGCAGCAACACUCCUGCGAGACCAGCAGCUCCAAAAACCAAUUCCUACAGAGUAAGAACUCCUCCUUCUGUGGAGAUGUCUGUUCCCUGGAAGGAAAACACGCUGGAGCUUGACCCCAAAUCUGACAGCUCAGAGCCCCAUGAUCUCUUAAUCAACACUAUGCACUUGUCCAAUGCUCGAAAAAGGAACAAAAUUCCCUUCUUGAAAAACUGCAAUAAAAACCGAGAAGCUAUUGCUAAACAACUGGCAAAAAUCAAAGAAGACUAUGCACUGAUCAUCCUACAGAAAGACUCCAGCUUAGAGGAGGUCAACAAAGUGAAAGACCAACAAGCAGAUAAGCUGGUUGAGAUUCAGGCCUCAGCAAAGGAGCUACAGAAUUCAUUAACAUCUGAGAUGCAGAGGUCCAGUGAACUUAAACUAGAAGUCACAACCAUCAAUGCUGAGCUUAAAAAGAAAAUCGCACUAUUUGUUGAGGCCCUGAUGGGAAAGAUUGAAGUCAUGGAGUUUAGAGUGGAGGAACUCGCAGCUGAUCUCUCUAGGAAAAGUGAAGAAGCUCAGCUUUUCAAGAAUGACACUGAGCAAGUCUCUGCUGAGAAGAAUGUAUUGGAGAAGGCCUUAGAGGUUAAAGUGAAGGAGAUUGAGAGUCGAUUAUCAGUCGAGCUGAAAAAAAAAGAAUCUGAUUUUCAGAUGAAGAAAAGGGACAUUGAGCAAGUGAAGUACCAAGAACUGCUGUCAAGCUUAAGCAAGGUGCAAUCUGAGAAGAAUGCAAUUCAAGACCAGAUUGCAAAAGGCUCUUCUAAUGCAAAAGCACUUGAGGAAGACCUGAAGUGUGAACAUUUGCAAGACGAGAUGAAGAAGAAAGAAAAGCGGAUAAAAACGGUGGAGUCAAAGCUGUCCAAUCUUAAGACAAGAUUUGAUACUAAAGCUAAGGCCCAAGAGGAAUGCUUGAAAGGGUUGUUGGUCGUCCACCCCCAGAAUAAAGUGCUUAAGAAACAAAUGGAAAAGGAGAUUGAACGAUCCAGUAAACUUGAACAGGAGAUCCGCAACCUCAAAGAGGAGUCCGAUAAGGUUAGAAAACAGAGUGAGGAAGAGCAUCGACUACUGCUUGAAAACCUGAUGGCCAAAUCAUCCUUUGCUACAGAGCUUCAAAAUGAGGUCCAGAAGUUGAAAGUUAAAAUUGCAGAGGCUGUCAAGAAUGUAGAAGAUGCAGAUCUCGGUUGUCAAAACAAGAUAGCAGAAAUGGUUGUGUUGAUGGAGAAACACAAGAGUCAGUAUGAGCAAAUGGUUGAAGAGAAGGAUGCAGAGCUUAACGAGACCAAGAGGAAAGUGGAGGCAGCUCUCAGCAGAACAACUUCUGUGGAACUGGAGCUGUCAGAAAAGAAAAAUGAAAAUGAACGUCUCAGAAAAGAGAUGACAAAGAAGACUAACUCAAAGGAGGUGUUUUGUUUGGAGCCCCCCAAAGAAACCCCUACAGUAAGAGACAUAUUUGAUAAAACCAAUAUCAGAACACAGAGCAGCAACACUCCUGCGAGACCAGCAGCUCCAAAAACCAAUUCCUACAGAGUAAGAACUCCUCCUUCUGUGGAGAUGUCUGUUCCCUGGAAGGAAAACACGCUUGAGCUUGAUCCUAAAUCUGACAGCUCAGAGCCCCAUGAUCUCUUGAGUCCUGCCUUUCUUAAGUCACCUGGGAGUUCAGUAAAAUUGGCGGCAAUGAAAAGGAUCAGAGAAGCUGGUUGGACUGCCAUCACUCGCUCGAAGAAGAAGAGGUGUGCUGAGAAGAUGUCGGUGUAGAU